AUGUAACAGUAAAUGACUUCCAGCGAAUCACUCGACAGAAUCGAGUGUCCUUAAUAACAAAUUCCUAAUGAAUAAAAACUUAUUUUAGACUAAUAAAAAAGUGAAUAUGAUAGCAACAUACUUAGAGUCAUGCUCCAAAAAUAUUAGGAGUAGCAACUAAAUCGUAUAGACAUGACUUAGCAAAGUAGAAAUGACAAGGAGAAUAUGAGAAAUACUCUAAAAUACGCAUUCUAAUAAAUUCAGAAUCAAUUGAUCACCUAAGCAGCUGACAUGGCCUUUUCCAAUAUGCUCACUAUCCAACUCUAAGCUCAUAAGUUCAUGGAAAUUGCUAUCUUACAAAUGAACCAAGACGAAAGUUAUUACAGCUUUUAUGCAUCAUGCGCCACUAACAUGGCAUAUAAACUUAACAUUCACUGCAUCGUAGAUUGCUUCGAAAAUUAUGAAGUUUAAUAAAUACAAACUCUUUAAUUUAAGACCUUUGAAUUUGAAAAGAAUAUCAAUAGAUAUUUAAAUUGGAACUGCUAACUCAUCACUGCAAGCUAGUUCUUCUACUAUUUCAUCGAUUACCACUUCUCUUAAAGAUAAGACUGGAUAAUUAGGGAAGGCAUUUAACAAAUUUGCGAUAAAAUUGUAGAUAUCUAUCUAGAAUAUUAAUGGAGUGCUAUUUCUAUUGCUCUUGGGUUCCUUUCUUACAUCUUCUAAUAAAAUGAAGAAGAAUUUGAUUACCUUUGUUUCAUUAUCUAACAUUAUAAAUAGGAGUUCUCUUAACUUGGUUAAAUUAUUGAUGAAGAAUAAAUUUUAUAAGUAAGAGAACAUUUGAAUGAUUAACAACUUCAGUAGUAACAACAAUAACAACAACAGUAUUAACAGUAACAAGAUUAUUAUGAAGAUGAAGAUGAUGAAGAAGAAGAUGAAGAAGAAGAACAAGAAUAAUUAUAAUUAUAAUUAUAAAUAUAAUAGUACUAAUACUAAGUCAACCAACAAAUCUAAACUUGUUAGGAUUAAAAAUAAUAAUAUUAACAUGAAUUUAACAAUGUUUCUUCAGAUAAUGAUUAAUACUACAAAAUACUCUCCAACUCAAGCUCUUAAACUAUAAAUUAUGAGCAGGAAGAGUAUGGCUCAAUUAACAAUAUUGAGAUAUCUUAUAACAAAAAAAGAUCAUCCACCUAAUAUACUUACUAAUCAUGCUAUAAAAACUCAUAGGAUUAAAACACUUAAAAGACUGUAAGCAAAAGUAGGUCCUAUAGCGAAUAAAUAAAGCUAAACUAGGAUCAUGAAGAUAUAUUUGAAUCAAAGAAUGGUGAUCAAAUAAGAAAGAAAUUCAAAUAAUCUAACGAUUAAUGA